UUUCCAUUUUUCAUCGUUCUUCAGCUGCAAAAUUCACCACUCUCUGAUUCAACAAAAAUCCAAACAUGUCUAUUCUCAUUCGAACAAUUCAAAGAGCUCACAAAUUGAAACAAAAUUUCCCUUCACGCAUAGUAACUAACGCUCUCUCCCAAACAUUAGGUUUCGCCAACAGAACUCACUCUACAAAAUCCGUAACAAAAUCACCCUUCGAAUCCAACAUUCUUCGAAUACUUCGAAACGAGAUCGAGUAUCAAGCUGAAUACGCUCCUCCACACCAGCCUGUGACUGAAUUCAAUUCUUUUGUUGUGGAAGAUCGACCUGGGGAGCAGGUUGUUACGAUUAGGGGGAAAUUUGGGGAUGAUGAGGAUAUUAAAAUUGAAGCUACAAUGUUUGAUGGGUUUCAGCAUGUGCCUGUGUUUGGAGAUGAUAGUUCUGGGGUGAAUGUGAGGCUUCAUAAUAGUUUGAUUGUGGAUAUAUCGAAAGGGGAAGAUGGGAAUGAGUUGGAAUUUGUAUGCUCGGCGUGGCCGGAUGGAUUGGAUGUUGAGAAGGUUUUUAUAUUGAAGCGUGGGCAGAUGGCAGCUAAGCCUUACCUUGGACCUGAUUUCAGGAACUUGAAACCCGAGAUUCAAGAGAUGUUUUGUGAGUACUUGGAUACAAGGGGAGUAAAUAAUGAACUCUCUACAUUCUUACAUGAGUAUAUGAUGAACAAGGAUAGAAUUGAACUUCUAAGGUGGAUGGAUCGUCUCAAGUCUUUUGUGGAGAAAUAGACUGGUAAAUUUGGCAACAAAAAACUGAUGUAAAACCAACCAAGUUUUGCCAUUGUAGGAAUUAAUUUCUCUAAUAGAAACCCGUUUGAGUUGUAGUAUUAACCUCAAUUUAUUUAUUUGAUUCCUUAAGAAUGUUAAGCAUUAGGAGGCAAGAUCAGUAAAUAAUGCACUCCCUGUUUUCAUACAUGGUUAUAUGAUGAGUGAAUGAUAAACAAAGACAGACUUGAACUUAUUAGGUGGAUGGAUUGUUUCAAAACUUUGAGAAAUAGACAGGUAAGCUUUGCAGUUGCAGCUAUAAAUUGAUUUAGACAAAACACUUCCAAGUUUUUUUGCAUUUGCUACACAAGUUAGGUUACUUUCAUACGUAGUGUCCGUUUGGAGCUACGGUAAGAAAGCAACUAACGUCCGACUACUUGAAAGCUUGAGUUUGUAGCUUUACAAAAUUCACGGUUGUAUAGGUUGUAACACAUUGGAAUGCGAGAAACAUUGCAUCCA